UUGGGAGCUAUUUUGUAUCCUACCAAAAAAGAACUGAGGCAUUGUGAGGAUAGGAUAAAGAAUUUGUGAUUGUUUUGGUGACGGUGGAAGUGGAAGUGAUCCACCAAUGCAGUUUCAAUAUGGAUGAUACUCAGACAACCUGUGAUGAAGAUAUUCGUCCUGAAAUCAGUUCAGUGCAGCAGAAGAGAUCAGACUCACCAGAGCCCAGCUGUGUGUCUAUGAAGAGUGACGCGUCUAUGGAUCCUCCGAUACAAUUAAGUUCUAAAAAGAAACCGUCAGACUCACCAGAGCCCAGCUGUGUGUCUAUGAGGAGUGACGCGUCUAUGGAUCCUCCGAUACAAUUAAGUUCUAAAAAGAAACCAUCAGACUCACCAGAGCCCAGCUGUGUGUCUAUGAAGAGUGACGCGUCUAUGGAUCCUCCGAUACAAUUAAGUUCUAAAAAGAAACCAUCAGACUCACCAGAGCCCAGCUGUGUGUCUAUGAGGAGUGACGCGUCUAUGGAUCCUCCGAUACAAUUAAGUUCUAAAAAGAAACCGUCAGACUCACCAGAGCCCAGCUGUGUGUCUAUGAGGAGUGACGCGUCUAUGGAUCCUCCGAUACAAUUAAGUUCUAAAAAGAAACCAUCAGACUCACCAGAGCCCAGCUGUGUGUCUAUGAAGAGUGACGCGUCUAUGGAUCCUCCGAUACAAUUAAGUUCUAAAAAGAAACCGUCAGACUCACCAGAGCCCAGCUGUGUGUCUAUGAGGAGUGACGCGUCUAUGGAUCCUCCGAUACAAUUAAGUUCUAAAAAGAAACCGUCAGACUCACCAGAGCCCAGCUGUGUGUCUAUGAGGAGUGACGCGUCUAUGGAUCCUCCGAUACAAUUAAGUUCUAAAAAGAAACCGUCAGACUCACCAGAGCCCAGCUGUGUGUCUAUGAAGAGUGACGCGUCUAUGGAUCCUCCGAUACAAUUAAGUUCUAAAAAGAAACCAUCAGACUCACCAGAGCCCAGCUGUGUGUCUAUGAGGAGUGACGCGUCUAUGGAUCCUCCGAUACAAUUAAGUUCUAAAAAGAAACCGUCAGACUCACCAGAGCCCAGCUGUGUGUCUAUGAAGAGUGACGCGUCUAUGGAUCCUCCGAUACAAUUAAGUUCUAAAAGGAAACCAUCAGGCUCACCAGAGCCCAGCUGUGUGUCUAUGAAGAGUGACGCGUCUAUGGAUCCUCCGAUACAAUUAAGUUCUAAAAAGAAACCAUCAGACUCACCAGAGCCCAGCUGUGUGUCUAUGAAGAGUGACGCGUCUAUGGAUCCUCCGAUACAAUUAAGUUCUAAAAAGAAACCAUCAGACUCACCAGAGCCCAGCUGUGUGUCUAUGAGGAGUGACGCGUCUAUGGAUCCUCCGAUACAAUUAAGUUCUAAAAAGAAACCGUCAGACUCACCAGAGCCCAGCUGUGUGUCUAUGAAGAGUGACGCGUCUAUGGAUCCUCCGAUACAAUUAAGUUCUAAAAAGAAACCAUCAGACUCACCAGAGCCCAGCUGUGUGUCUAUGAGGAGUGACGCGUCUAUGGAUCCUCCGAUACAAUUAAGUUCUAAAAAGAAACCAUCAGACUCACCAGAGCCCAGCUGUGUGUCUAUGAAGAGUGACGCGUCUAUGGAUCCUCCGAUACAAUUAAGUUCUAAAAAGAAACCAUCAGACUCACCAGAGCCCAGCUGUGUGUCUAUGAAGAGUGACGCGUCUAUGGAUCCUCCGAUACAAUUAAGUUCUAAAAAGAAACCAUCAGACUCACCAGAGCCCAGCUGUGUGUCUAUGAGGAGUGACGCGUCUAUGGAUCCUCCGAUACAAUUAAGUUCUAAAAAGAAACCAUCAGACUCACCAGAGCCCAGCUGUGUGUCUAUGAGGAGUGACGCGUCUAUGGAUCCUCCGAUACAAUUAAGUUCUAAAAAGAAACCGUCAGACUCACCAGAGCCCAGCUGUGUGUCUAUGAAGAGUGACCGGUCUAUGGAUCAACCAGUACAUUUUAAGAGUGGAGAUACACAGACUGAUCUCAGCCAUGAAGUCCUCAACAGGUUUAGAUCAAAUCUGAUGAAGAAGUUUGAGUGUCUGUAUGAGGGAACAGCACAGCAGGGAAACCCAACACUCCUGAAUGAGAUCUACACAGAGCUCUACAUCACAGAGAGUGAGAGUGGAGAGAUCAGUAAUGAGCAUGAGGUGAGACAGAUUGAGACACAAUCCAGGAGAGCAGCAACAGAGGACACACCGAUCCAAUGCAAUGACAUCUUUAGACCUUUACCUGGACAAGACAAACCCAUCAGAACUGUGCUGACAAAGGGAGUCGCUGGCAUUGGAAAAACCGUCUCUGUGCAGAAGUUCAUCCUGGACUGGGCUGAAGGGAAAGAGAAUCAGGACGUCCAGCUCAUAUUUCCACUUCCUUUCAGAGAGAUCAAUUUGAUGAAGGACAAAACACUCAGUCUUUCUGAUCUUCUUCAUGCCUUUUUCCCUGAAACAAAAGAAAUGGAAAUAUCCAGUGACAAAUAUAAAGUGUUGUUCAUCUUUGAUGGUCUGGACGAGUGUCGUCUGUCUCUGGAUUUUCAGAGCGAUGUGAGGUUGUGUGAUGUAAGUGAAUCAGCCUCAGUGGACGUGCUGCUGAUGAACCUCAUUGUGGGGAAUCUGCUUCCCUCUGCUCUCAUCUGGAUCACCUCCAGACCAGCAGCAGCUGAUCUCGUCCCCUCUGAGUGUGUCCAUCGAGUGACAGAGGUACGAGGCUUCAAUGAGCCACAGAAGGAGGAAUACUUCAGGAAGAGAAUCAGUGAUCAGAGUCUGGCCAAUACAAUCAUCUCACACCUGAAGUCAUCAAGGAGCCUCUACAUCAUGUGCCACAUCCCAGUGUUCUGCUGGAUCUCAGCCGCUGUUCUAGAGAAGAUGUUGAGCGAAGCAGAGAGUGGAGAGAUUCCCAAGACUCUCACUCAAAUGUACACACACUUCCUGAUCCUUCAGACCAACAUCAAACAUGAGAAGGACUAUGAGAAGAACGUGACAGAUGAAGACAUGAUCCUCAAACUGGGGAAAGUGGCUUUUCAGCAGCUUGUGAAAGGCAACAUGAUCUUCUAUGAGGAAGACCUGAGAGAGUGUGGCAUUGAUGUGACAGAAGCAUCAGUGUACUCAGGAUUGUGCUCUCAGAUCUUCAGAGAGGAGUUUGGCUGGUAUCAGGGGAAAGUCUUCUGCUUUGUUCAUCUGAGCGUUCAGGAACAUCUAGCGGCUCUAUAUGUGCACCUCUCCUGUACAAACAACAACAGAAAUGUGUUUGAGCCAAUCACUAAACAGAGUUUGCUGUCUAAAGUUAAGGAAAGGUUUAAACACAAUUCAUCAGAACAUGUUUCAUUAUCUGAGCUGCAUCAGAGAGCUGUGAAUGAGGCUCUACAGAGUAAAAAUGGACAUCUGGACCUUUUCCUGCGGUUUCUUCUGGGUCUGUCAGUGGAGUCUCAUCAGAUUCUCCUAAAAGGACUAAUGAAACAGACAAGAAGCAGAUCUGACAGCAUUGAGAAAACAGUUGAGUACAUCAAGAAGAAGAUCAGGACCAUUGACUCUCCAGAGAAAUCCAUCAAUCUGUUCCACUGUCUGAAUGAACUGGGUGAUCAUUCACUAGUGGAGGAAAUACAACAGUAUCUGAAAUCUGGAAGAAUAAAGGAAGCCAAACUCUCUUCAUCUCAGUGGUCAGCUGUAGUCUUUGUGUUGUUGACAUCAGAGAAGAAGCUGGAUGUGUUUGAUAUUAAUACAUUUGUUGGAGGAAACGAUAAAUCUAAAAAACUGAAGGUUUUUCUGAAGCUGCUGCCUGUGAUUAAAGAAUCCAGAUCAGUUCAGUUGAGAUAUUGUGGAGUCACAGAUGAAGGUUGUGCUGCUCUGACUUCAGCUCUGAGAUCAAACCCCUCACACCUGAGAGAACUGAAUCUGUCUGGGAAUAAAAUAGGAAAUUCAGUGAAUCUGCUGUCUGAUGUACUACAGGAUCCUCACUGUAAACUGGAGAAACUGGAGUUGAGUGAUUGUGGAGUCACAGAUGAAGGUUGUGCUGCUCUGACUUCAGCUCUGAGAUCAAACCCCUCACACCUGAGAGAACUGAAUCUGUCUGUGAAUAAAAUAGGAGAAUCAGUGAAUCUGCUGUCUGAUGUACUACAGGAUCCUCACUGUAAACUGGAGAUACUGUGGUUGAGAGAUUGUGGAGUCACAGAUGAAGGUUGUGCUGCUCUGACUUCAGCUCUGAGAUCAAACCCCUCACACCUGAGAGAACUGGAUCUGUCUGGGAAUAAAAUAGGAAAAUCAGUGAAUCUGCUGUCUGAUGUACUACAGGAUCCUCACUGUAAACUGGAGAAACUGUGGUUGUAUGAUUGUGGAGUCACAGAUGAAGGUUGUGCUGCUCUGACUUCAGCUCUGAGAUCAAACCCCUCACACCUGAGACAACUGAAUCUGUCUGGGAAUAAAAUAGGAAAACCAGUGAAUCUGCUGUCUGAUGUACUACAGGAUCCUCACUGUAAACUGGAGAUACUGUGGUAAGAUCAUAUUUGACUC